AUGAGCCGCAAGACUCCUUACCUUCCCACGCUGAACAUUUGCUACCACGGUCUUCUUGAUGUUCUCUGUGAUGGUGGGACAAGCAUCCCGCCUGGCGAAAAGAGACGAGAGGAACACAACUGGCCGUCACAUUCUUCCUGGGAUGGGGAGACACUGGAAUCGGCGGGAGCGGCGGCGGCGGAAGUGAUGGCUAGGGCGUGGCAGCCACACUGCUGCGUUGUUCUGCUGAUGGACGGCGCCGCCUCCACGCACGCUGUGGUCAAGGCACUGCGGCAAAUGGCGGCGCCCUGGGGAGCUACCGUGCUGGAGGUGCGGCCCGUUGCUGACAGGCCCAACGACUCCCUGCAGCUGCUGCGCCACGCCCUACGCAAGGCACGCCAGGUGCAGCGGGUGUCGUGGUGUAUGGUGGUGGUGGUGGUGAGCGACGACCUUUCCUUCCUCGCCGGCUGGACGGAGCUGGCACGCAGUGGCGGCCUGCUGGCAUGGCCUACACAACUCGUGGCGCUCACCGGCCUGCCCAAGGAUCGCCUCCACCACUUGCACUCAAGCUUUUCCCACGUCAACGCCGUGCUCAUCGUCAGCGACGGCGGCGCCUCGUCAAGGUGUGAAGUGUUGGUGCACCUGCCAUACAGCGAGCAGGUGGUGCAGGUGGCUAGGUGGAACCCAGCACGUUUCAUUCUCACCUCUUCACUGCCUCUCUUCCCGGACAAGUUCCACAGGUAAGUCUGGACCAUUGCUUGUCUUCCCUCAGCCUCUCAAGAAAGGGCCGUGGGGAGGCGCCGGUUUAGGGUCCCCGAUACGUUAGGAUGAGGGGCAAGUAGAAAGUGUUAUAAAUCGAGGCCGUUAACAGUUUCAGUAGUUCAUGACAGGAGAUAAUAAGGAGUAUAACACCACUGCGUUAAGUGUGAGAAUACAAAAUUCAAGAUACUUAGUGAGAGGAAAGGUAGCGAUGGCAUGAAAAGGUUUCAGUUUCUUCUUUUUCCAGAUUGAGCUCAGCCUUUCUCAAGAGACCUGACGAUAUC